CGACCUCGCCGUAGCUCGAACAGCACAAGCCAAAUUCAAUAAUUCUUUUCACCAUUUUAUUAUGGUGUUUGUUUGUGUGAUUUUUUCAUAAUUAAUACUGAAUUUUGACUUACAACGACAAUAGUGAAGUAUACUAUAAGUGGAAAUGGCUAAAGUGGAGCAACCCAUGUUUAUAUUGCCGAAAAAACGCAAUGGCAAAAAACAAAAUUCGAUAACCGGUCAUGUAGACCACAUAAUUGCUGUUCAGGGAGCUGAGACUGAUUUGCCAACCAAAUACAAAAAUGGCCUUUCACCAGUCACAGAACAUGUUGUUAAUGGAAUCAUACACUCCACCAUGGAGGGACUCAAGUCCAACAUGAAAAUCAAUCUUCCGAUAAUAACCGAUGUAAAUGAUGAAGACAUCAAUGAUUCGAACAUAGAGGCCGAACCACAGAAGUCACAGAGUUCACAAAAAAAUGGCUACCAGGCCCUCUCCAUCAUGAAUAGCCGAGAAAUCAUUGACUUGUCUCCAAUUUAUGAGAACUCUUCAGAUGCAUGUUCAAGCCAUGAUGACCUCAGAGAGGCUAAUGAUGAUAUACAGAAAAGCUGCAAAUUUCUUAAUGAACACAAUGAGAGUUCCUCCGCUACUCCAAACAGCAUGUCGCAAACCCAAUCUGAAAAUAGCUUCGAAAUGGGUCCACUUACCGACAGCCUUAAAAAUAGUGCCAAACGAAAAAAGCGAGUCAACAUUGUGCAAGAAAUAAUUGAGACUGAGAAUACUGACACAGAGAUCACAGCUUUGCGGAUUGAGUCAGAAGGAUCUACACCAGACUGCUCGCUGACAGACUAUUCCAGAGAAUCCUACUUGACCAUGACGGGAACAAUAAAAAGAGGAAAGAAGAAAGGCCAAAAUGUUGACGUCAAACUAAAUAUUUCCCGAGAAGAACUUGAAAUCAUUGAAGCAGCUAUCGUAGCAGAAGAGUACAACAAGAUGGACAUAUCCAAAUGCUCAGUAUACAACGGUCCACACAUUUUUCUCUUCAGUCUCCUAUGCAUACCGUUUGUGGCUUGUGUGUCUGCGCUGUAUUCGUUUUACAUGGGCACAAUUACUUGGUACAACAUCUUUACCCAUGUUACUGAAGAUCUGAAUUGGGUUAAGAAAGCAAUGUUGGCACCAAUAGUGAUAUUGUCUUAUCCAUUUUUGAUAGUGAUUUUUACUGUAGGCCUUGGCUUGUAUGCAGGUAUUGUGCAGCUGACAUUCAGCGGAGCAAAUUGGUGGAAGGAUGUAUGUGAUUUUGAGAAAGGUUUUUAUGGGUGGCUCUGUAACUCUUUGGGUAUGUCAGAGUGUAGCCCUUAUGAGGUUGUUAUACUUAUGGAUGUUAAGCCAUAAAGUAAAACUUAAUGCCCUGUUCAGACUGAAUGCAGGAAUAUAUACUGCUUUCUUUUCAGGUAUGAAAACCAUUAUAUACCACAACAAACUCUAAUUGUCUGAGAAGGGCUAGAUAAAUAGUAAAUAGCUUUUUGUAUUGUAUUGAUUGAGUGAUGUAAGCUGAGUUACACUUUUACAUUGUGUAUUGUAAAAGUUGGUAAUUACUAUUUAAAUGCAAAUUGUUCAGAAGCCAAUAUUUAUAAUAUUGUCUUAGUUCUAGUUUCAAUUUGAAAUUUAUGAAACUUUGCUAAAAAUUGCUGAAAAGUAUAUACUGCCAUAAAUCUCUUAGUAUGUAAGUUGACUGAUGUAUUCUAGUUUUAAGUAAUAUUUAGAAUUGUUUUAUUUAUAUUAGCAGUAAUGACUGUAUUUAAAUUAUUGAAAUAUAAUAUUAUUUUAGUUUACAGUUAUAAGUUAUAUAGGAUCUUCUGUAACUCAAUUAUCUUCCAUUUUUAGACUUAUAAAUUUUCUAGUCAAAUUUUAUUAUUUAUUAAUAUUUUAUAUACAUAUGAUUUCAUGAAGUAGAUAAAUUGUGUAGGUAAUAUUUUUACAUAUCCAAGAGAUAAGUUUAAGGUAAAUAAAGCAAGUGAAACGUUUAAAUCAUAUGCUUAGGAAAAUUUAUUGAUUUCUAUAAUGCUAUAGUUGUUUGCGAGCAGCAUUAUGUGAGUGAACAUAAAUUUUGUAUAUUUAACUUACAACAUAAUCAGCAUUGUAAUGAAGACUGAUGUAUUCUAGUCACUAUUGUGGUAUCCAUUUAUAUGCAAUAAAAUAUUUUACAAAACAA